UUAAAUUCAGUCUAUCAUGCUGAAGAUGUCCGUGAGAGCCACAGUAGUGGCUGUGAGCCUCAUGUUUCUUCUUGACUUCUGCGCAUCAACUGAAAACAUCCCACGAAAAUGGGCAGCUUUCUCGGCAAAUAUCACAAGUUUGAGCCGCUACAACGUCUCUGAUGUUGACGUUAAAGCGGAGAUUCUGUGUAGUAUUUUGGCAACUAAAGACGGAAAGGCGAACCUCUUCUGCUUCGGACCAAAAAGCUGUGUUUUCGGACAUGUUUACCUACCAGACGUUGAAGGAGAGCAAACCCCAGGUUACAACUGCUACUAUUCCGAAGUUUGCCUUCGCGACAACGAAACUGUCCACGAAGGAGAAAAGAUACCUGACACUUUCUGCCCCAACCUCAACCUGACUUGCACCAAGCGUGGCUUGGUCAACCUAGCUAAUGGUGUACCACCGCUGACAAGCUGCACUCCGCCCUUCGUGCAACACCCGUUCGGCUGCAUGUACUUCAACCAGACACACAUGACGCUCUGCGAUGCGAAGGCUUACUGCCAGUCUCUUGGGGCGCAGGUGGCUUCACCCACGACACAUGACAAAUACCUCGCCCUGAUGACCUACCUUAAUGCGAAUUACGGAUCAUCGUCCCAAGGAAUGUUCUGGUUAGGUGUUUACUACAUCAACGGGAACUGGAGCUAUGAAUCGAACGGUCGCUGGCCCGGACCUGACGGUCAGUACGAGUGGCUCUACAACCAACCCAACUACGGCAAUGGCAGGGACUGCGUUUAUACCAGCUAUCAGGAGGGUUCCUCUUUCUUUGCGUUAGUCAACUACUACUGCGACUACGGAUUAGCAGUCAUCUGUCAUGCAUGGAACCUAGAGAUCUAGGUCAUCUGUCAUGCCUGGAACCUAGAGAUCUA